CGCAAAAUCAGUUAAAAAUCAAAAAAAAAAAAAAAUAAUUUUUUUUUUUUCAAUUAACAGUAAAAAAAAAAAAAUAAUGACUGUUAAUGUUUCUUUUUUGUUUUUUAUGAAAAGUUAAAAUUUUUCGAAAAAAAAAGGACAGAAAAAAUAUUUGUGCGCGUGUAAUACCAGUGGCAGAGAGAACGAGAGAGAAAAAAAAUAUAAUUAUAUAAAUUAAUAAAUUCAAAAUGGUACAAAAUAGAAUAUUAAAAAUGGAUUCAAAAACAAUAUUAAUAACAUUUCUAUUAUGUUUAAAAAUAAAUUUUGGAUUUUCGAAUAAGUUUAGUAGCGUAAGCAACAGUAACAGCGGCGACAGUGCUAGUGAGCAUGACAAUUAUUUAUUACAAAAAGAGCAUAUAUUAGAAAAAUCGUACCAUGGAUUAAUAAGGGAAAAUGAAACGUUUGUUGAAAUAACACCAUUGAUAAAAGUGGAUGAGCAGAAAGUUUGUGAUUUUAGAAUUCUUAAAAAACCGCAUCAUGAAAUACCAUUUCGGAUUGAAUUGGUUAAUAAUUUAGGAAUAUUAAAAGCUAGACGUACAUUAAAUUGUGAAAAACGUCGUGGUUAUCAUUUUGAAAUAAUUGCAAUAUUAUGUGAUGGUUCACAUUCAAUUCCGGCCAAUGUUCAUAUAUCUGUUAUUGAUAUUAAUGAAUAUGCACCAACAUUUUUACAACCAUCAUAUGUAACUGAAGUUGAUGAGGGACGUUUAUAUCAAGAGAUAUUACGUGUUGAAGCAACAGAUAAAGAUUGUACACCACCAUAUGGUGAUGUAUGCAAAUAUAAAAUAUUAAAUGAUGAUGAACCAUUUACAAUUGAUAAUGAAGGUUCUAUAAAAAAUACAGAACCAUUAUCACAUAAAAUAAGUCAUAAUCAUAUAUUACAAGUUGUUGCAUAUGAUUGUGCUAUGAAACAAUCUGUACCAAUAAUGGCUAGUAUUAAAGUAAGAAGAGUUUGUGAAGCACGUCUUGCUGGUAUACCAGAAAGGAUUGAUUAUACGGCAAAUUCAAUGGAAAGUCUAUCGUUAUUCCCAAAUAUACGGAUUGAGUUAUGUGAUAUUCAUUGUAACCAGGAAAAUAUGAAUAUUCAUGUAUCAGUCAGUUUAAAGACAAAGCACAUAUCAUUUGGUUGCGACCGUGAUAUAACACAAUGCUCUAAAAAUCACCAAUUAAUUGAUGUAUUACCAAAAGGUGCAGAAUGGACAAAAGAUUUAAUAUAUGAUGAAGGUUUAGAAUCUGUUUUUCAUUUUGAUGGCUCAUCGGGUGCAAUUGUACCAGAUAGUUUAGUUACAAAACAUGAUUUUGGUUCUAAUCCAUUCAGUAUUGUUGCAAUGUUUAAGCAUACCAGCUCAUCACAAUCAAAUAAACAUGCCAAAGAACAUAUUAUAUGUAGUGCGGAUGAUCACAAAAUGAAUCGGCAUCAUAUGGCAUUAUUUGUACGAAAUUGUCGUUUGAUACUAUUGAUACGUAAAAAUUACAAUGAAGGUGAUUUAAAUAUGUUCAGCCCGGCUGAAUGGCGUUGGAAAAUACCACAAGUAUGUGAUAAUGAAUGGCAUCAUUAUGUAUUAAAUAUUGAUUUACCAAAAGUCGAAUUAUAUAUUGACGGAGCGAAAUUCGAAAAUACAGCUGAAGAUCGUCAUAGUAAUCCAGAGGUAAUCGAUGAUUGGCCAUUACAUGCAGCACAUGGUGUUAAUACAACACUAACAGUUGGUGCAUGUUAUCAAGGAUCUGAGAAUCGUUUAAAACAUGGUUUUAAUGGUGAUAUAUCGGAAAUAAAAUUAUCAUUAAACAAAAUUUUAACAUCAGAUGAUGUACGUUGUGGUACUUAUUGCGCUGAACAUUUAAUACCACCAUCUGAAAAAUAUUUAGAAUUUGAACAAGAAGUACAAUCUAAUUCACAAUUUAAUGAAAUAUAUAUUGAAGGUAGUAAUAAAAGUAAUAUUGAACAAUUAUUGGGAAAUAUACAAUAUAUAAAUACAAAACAGAAUCCAACAAUUGGUAGAAGAAAUAUUGAAGUAAGAACAACACUAACAUGUCCAAACCAAUCAGCAGUUCGUUUACCAAUUGUUGAAACAUAUAUAAUGGUUAAUGAACCACAAUUACAAUCAUCUUCGUCAUCAUCGUCAUCAUCUUUAUUAUCACAACAGCAACAACAACAGCAAUCAUCAAUUGGUACAAUAAUGGAUACAUCAGUUAAUCCAUUAUUAACAUUAUCUAGAGCAGAUUUAAUAAAUUCAAAAUCAAACAAUGGACAUUAUAUACAAAAUAAUGAUUAUAAUAUAUUAAAAGACAAAAAUUUAUUAUUAUCAUCACAUUUAUCUCAAGUUGAUAAUAAUAAUAAUAAUCAUAAUCAAAACCAUAAUAAAUUAUCUGAUAUAUCUGAUGUAAAUUAUGAUAAUGAUAUGAUUAAAACAGAUAAACCAAAAAUAAUAAUCAGUGGCAAUCCAAAUCAUUUAGUAUCAUAUCCAGAUAUUAAAGAUGGUGUAAGAAUAUUGGCUAGUAUUAAUAUAACUGUAUAUUCUGGUAAUGAAAUACAAUCAAAUUUACAAAGAUUAGAUUCAUGCAGUGUUAGCGUAUUUCCAAGUUUAAAUCCAGAUCAUGAAGAAAUAGCAUUAGAUAAUGAUGAAAGUUUAUCAACAACAUUGGAUAUCAAAACAAAUAUAAAUAAAGAUGGUGUCGAAAUGAUCGGUUAUGAUACUACAAAUAAUUAUUUAGAUGUAUUAAAAGCUUUAAUAUACACAAAUAAAAAGCCAGCAUAUUAUUUAAAUCGUGUAUUUAAAUUGUCAUGCUCACAAGUUAAUUCAAGAUUUAAAAGUGCUGAAUUUACGUUAACAUUAACAGUAUUACAUCCAAAACAAUCAAAUACUGCAACAACAAAUAAUCCAAUUGGUAGUGGUGGAAAUAAUAUAAAUAAAAAUAGUAAUCAAAAUAAUAUUGAUAAUAACAAUAAUAAUAUUAACAAUAAUAAUAAUAACAAUAAUAACAAUAACAAUAAUAACAAUAAUAAUAAUAUGGAUAAUGAAUUACCACAGCAGCACUUGUUAAAACAACAUGAAUCCAAUGUUUUCGCUCAUGCAAUGGUACAUUCACAUGAUGUACAAGAGCCGAAAUCUAAAAUACAUUCAAUUAUACAUAGAGCACAAAGCUCACAUCCAACAAUGCUCAUAAUUGUAAUUUGUGUUUUCUUUGUGAUUUUAUUGUGUGGGGUUUCGAUUGCUCGUAUACGAAACAAUAAUAACAAAUAUAUGGAAAGGCGUCAGCCAUGUCCUAAGAUUGCAACUGAACAAUUAGAUUGGGAUGAUUCAGCAUUAACAAUUACAAUAAAUCCAAUGCAAAAUGAUGUUGUCUCAGAUGAAAGUUCUGAAUCUGAAAAUUCUGACUCAGAUGAUGAUGAAGUUCUAAAUGGUAAAUAUAAAAACGUUAGCCAACUUGAAUGGGAUAAUUCAACAAUGUAAAUGUAAAUAAUUUUAAGUUUAUUAUUAAUUAAUAAAAAUAAAAUUAAAUAGAUAUAUUAAACAUAUAUAUAUAUAUAUAUAUAUAUAUAUAUA